AUGCAAAUGCUAUCAAACGCUACUUAUGCAUGCAAUGCACCUUACGAACCGUACAAGUCUCAAUCUUCAGGUUCAAGUAAUUUGUCAAUGCCCUACAGUAUGCCCUAUCCUUAUGAUACUCUUGUCGUGCCUGAAUAUUUUUUCAUUGACGAAAAUACUCUUUACCUUUGUGAAGAAAUUGUACCAUUAACUUUGGAAAAUAUUGAUUAUGAAAACCAAAAUGUUAAUCAAUUUUAUUAUUUUCAUCCAACAACGGAGGUUUAUAAAGAUACGCUUAUGUUCAAACAUGAACAACAACAGCAAGAAUUUUCUACUAUAGAUCAAGAAAAUAAGUCGGGUUUAAAUCAUGAUUUGAUGCAGGCACAACCCUUUUCUUAUAAUCAACAUAUUCUUUUUCAAAAUGAUAACCUUCAAGAUGUUUGUCCUCAAAAUGGUGGUAAAUUUAAGUGGAAGAAAGAAGACACAAAAAUAUUGUUUUCAUAUUUGGAAGAACAUAAAGAAGAAGUCCUGCAGCUAAAACGUCGUGGUUCCGUUAGUGAAAUUAGAGCAAAGCUCUGGACUGGUGCCGCCAAUGCAUUAUUCGAUAAAGGUUACUCUUACACCGAUCAGCAAUGUGCUACAAGGUGGAAAAAUAUUAAACAGAUGUAUAAAGACGAAGUUGAUGCAAUUUUUAGAAUAAGUAAACGAAAACGGGGUCAUGAACUGGUAAAUGAAGAAUAUGGGCCAAAGAAAGCUAGGAAGAUGGAAAAUUGA